AUGGAGUCCCAACCAACUGCGAAGGCGCUGCAUAAUCGCAUCAACACCGAUAUUUCGCAAUUGCUACAGCGGUUCGAGAAUAUCAUGGCCACCGCAACGGUCGAGAACCCCAGUUACACUGCGACUGCUGUGGAGACGUAUCAACUGGACGUGGAGUCGACUGCACUGAUUCGUGCCGCGGAGGACAUUCUCGCCUUGACCCGGACAAUGAAAGAGACCUGGCUCUUCGGCAAACUCGACACCCUCGGUGAAGAUGACCGUGAUAUCCAGCGCCGCGAGAAGCUGGAGAAGGACGUGCUUGCAGUACAGAAUGCCAUUGAAGAGGGAGGGCUGUUGAAGGUGUCCCCUGAGAAAUAG